AUGGAGGGCUUCAUGGACUCAGGGACACAGACGGACGCCGUGGUAGUACUGUCCUUGGCUCAGGCCGCUGUGCUGGGCCUGGUCUCAGAAAAUGAGCUCUUUGGAGCCACCAUAAGCGCCGAGGCCUUCUACCCAGAGCUGGGGCCUGAGCUGUCUGGGGCAGCCGUGGGGGAGCCCGGACCACCAGGCCCUGAUGUCUACCAGCUGGCCUGCAACGGGCGGGUCCUGGAGGAGCCAGCGGAAGAAGAGGUGCUAGAGGUAGAGGCAGCCUUUGAGAAGCACACCCGGCGGAAGACGCGGCCCCCCGUGCGGCUGGUGCCCAAGGUCAAGUUCGAGAAGGUGGAGGAAGAGGAAGAGCAGGAGGUCUACGAGGUUUCCGUGCCUGGUGACAACAAGGAUGCAGGCCCAGCAGAGGCCCCCACCGAGGUGGCCAGUGGCGGCUGUGAGGCCCUGGUGCAUAGCAGCGCUGUUAAGAUGAUCGACCUCAGCACCUUCAGCCGCAAGCCCCGGACACUCCGGCACCUGCCCCGAACCCCAAGGCCAGAGCUGGAUGUUACCCCCUACGACCCUCACUUCGCAGACCCGGCCCAGGAUGGCUUCCCUGAGCCCAGCAUGGCGCUGCCUGGGCCAGAGGCCUUGCCCACGGAGUGUGGUUUUGAGCCGCCCCACCUGGCACCCCUGAGUGACCCCGAGGUCCCCACCAUGGAGUCCCCAGAGCCUGUAAAGCCAGAACAGGGGUUCGUGUGGCAGGAGGCAAGCGAGUUCGAGGCUGAUGCGGCAGGCUCGACCGUCGAGCGCCACAAGAAGGCCCAGCUGGAUCGGCUGGACAUCAACGUGCAGAUCGAUGACUCCUACCUGGUGGAGGCGGGUGACCGCCAGAAGCGCUGGCAGUGCCGCAUGUGCGAGAAGUCCUACACAUCCAAGUACAACCUGGUGACGCACAUCCUGGGCCACAAUGGCAUCAAGCCGCACUCGUGCCCACACUGCAGCAAGCUCUUCAAGCAGCCCAGCCACCUGCAGACACACCUGCUCACACACCAGGGCACACGGCCCCACAAGUGCCAGGUGUGCCACAAGGCCUUCACACAGACCAGCCACCUCAAGCGCCACAUGCUGCUGCACUCAGAGGUCAAGCCCUACAGCUGCCACUUCUGCGGCCGUGGCUUUGCCUACCCCAGUGAGCUCAAGGCCCACGAAGUGAAGCACGAGAGUGGCCGCUGCCACGUCUGCGUCGAAUGCGGCCUGGACUUCUCUACCCUGACCCAGCUCAAGCGCCACCUGGCCUCCCACCAGGGCCCUACCCUCUACCAGUGCCUCGAGUGCAACAAGUCGUUCCACUACCGCAGCCAGUUGCAGAACCACAUGCUCAAGCACCAGAACGUGCGGCCCUUCGUGUGCACUGAAUGUGGCAUGGAGUUCAGCCAGAUCCACCACCUCAAGCAGCACUCGCUCACCCACAAGGGUGUGAAGGAGUUCAAGUGUGAGGUGUGUGGCCGGGAGUUUACCCUGCAAGCAAACAUGAAGCGGCACAUGCUGAUCCAUACCAGCGUCCGGCCCUACCAGUGCCACAUCUGCUUCAAGACCUUCGUGCAGAAGCAGACCCUCAAGACCCACAUGAUUGUACACUCGCCCGUGAAGCCAUUCAAAUGCAAGGUGUGCGGGAAGUCCUUCAACCGCAUGUACAACCUGCUGGGCCAUAUGCACCUGCACGCAGGCAGCAAGCCCUUCAAGUGCCCCUACUGCUCCAGCAAGUUUAACCUCAAGGGCAACCUGAGCCGGCACAUGAAGGUCAAGCAUGGCGUCAUGGACAUCGGCUUGGACAGCCAAGACCCCAUGAUGGAGCUGACAGGCACUGACCCCUCUGAGCUUGACAGCCAGCAGGAGAUGGAGGAUUUCGAGGAGAAUGCCUACACCUAUGCUGGCGUGGAUGGCAGCGCUGAGGCCAGCGUCCUCACUGAACAGGCCAUGAAAGAGAUGGCCUACUACAACGUGCUAUAG